AUGGCAGCGAUGAACUCGUUUAUCCGGGAGCUGCGCAACCUCAACAGCUCCACCAGCAGUAGUGCUAUGAGUAACAGUAGCUUCGAUUCCGGGUUUUCCGCUUCGUUUGCCGGGGAUUCCAACGGCGGUAGUGGCCGGGCCACUGCCAUCGCCGCGCAACCUCUUCAACCACAGUCAUCUAACAUCGUUUGGGGCAACAAGUCGCUCUGGGGUGUUCCACCGCCGAGCCCAUCACCAGGAGCGAUCAAGUCAUCAACAGUGGAUUUGUCAUCCACGUUUACUAACACUAGCAGUAACAGUAUGUACGUUAGUAGCAAAGAUUCCUCUAGUACUUCUUCCGGUGGCUCUAUAUGGGCCUCGUCAAUGACGGCCAAUCCGUCAACAGUCCCCUCCCAGUCCCGAUCCUCGAACUUUUCCGCCAAUAUCUGGGAAAAUUCAGGUACGAAAGCAAAUCCGGAACCACUCGGUUCGAUCUGGAUGAUUCCGGAAACCGGCCGCGGUAAUGUAUGGGGUACCAGCUCUCAGUUACUGCGACCUACCGAAAUAGGCUCCGCAACCGGGACAGGGAAUGACGAGAGCAAACUGAGCUCAUUGUGGGGCACUUCUGGUGCGUCGUCAUCGUCGUCGACGUCAUCCUCAGGGAAUGUAUUGAACUCGCUCCGGCUGGCGGGUACGGUCGGUGCCGGAGGUGUUGGCCCAGGUUCUAGCUUCGGGGGCCUCGGUGGACUCAUUACCAGUCCAUCAGUUACGGGCAAUACGGCGACUAUGCCGGCAGCCACUGCAUCAACCAUGCAGCUAUUUUCGGACGAUUUUCUCAGUUAUCUCAAUAUCAACAAUUAG